UUUUAAUUUUGAUAAAUGUCUUUCUGUAAAUGCCAACUUCCUCUUCAUUUGUUAUCCCAUUUACCUCAUUCUUUUGGUACAAAGAUGCUCUAACCAACUGAGCUACCCAGCCAAGGCCUUAAAGCUAAUUCUACUUUCUUGAGCAGGCAAAAACCUCUUAAUGGGCAACCUUCUUUUCCUACACCUACUCAGAGCUCAUGUAGGACACCAGAGCAGAUUUGGUCUAGGAAGAGGGGAGAGGCAUGGAGUGCAGUUUUACUUCCUAUACUUCAUGCUGUUCUUUCCUUUCCACAGGCUAUUAGAAUAUUUCCAAGGGACAAUGAUAAAGGGCAGAAGAUAGGCACCCUCUUUGGGUGGAGCCUUUUGUUCUUGAUUCUUUUAAGGUGUGCCCCAAGUCCCCAGGUGACUCACUUGUCACCAAAGCAGGUAUAACAGCUCAUCCCUCAUGUUCCUUUCCAGAUCAACAGAUUUAUUUCUUUUCAACUCUCAAAUGCUAUUCAGGUGGACAAGGAUCUCUUGAAGGACCUGGGAGAAUUUUGUUUAACAUGGAAUUGGGCUGGUUUGGGUUCUGGGUUUUGGCCCAUUGUCUUCAGUGCAUGAGAACUCUAGUACUUUAUGCUAUUUCAAGAAAAGGGGAUUAAAAGUAAUGCCAGUAAAAUGGAGACAAUGCAUUGCUUGGUCAGUUAGGGAAGAAAAACAAUAGAAUUGCCUUUUGACUUCCCUAUGGGAAGCAGAAGGCCUAUAAACUUGUGAAGGUUUGGGAGGAGGGCAUUCAAAGGCUAGGCUUGUAAGACAACUUCUGUUCAAAGCAGCCACCUGAGGUCCUUGUUUGGUACCUUUUAAAAUGUUCUGUCCUACAUAUGAUACUUUAACAAUAAGUCUGUGACUCUGUUCCAUAAUCAGCUCUCCAUGAAUUCAUCUUUUCACUCAGUACCCUUCUACACUGUGCUGUGUUGUUCUUCAGUUCACUCCAACUUUUCAUCUGUUUUUCCUGGUUGAGUUUCUCUGGCACUGGGAGAAUUGCUCUUUUUGAGCACCUCCCUUGCCCCCAGUGAAUUGGUAAAUAUUGCUGCCAGAGACCUGAUUGGCAAACUGUUAAGAAUCCAUUAAAAUUCAAACUGCCAUAGUCUGACCUCAGUUAUCUACUUUUUAGAGACAUCAAAUGUAUAUAAUUAUAGUUAUAGUUUUAUCUGGGCAGCACACCCUAAGUAUUAGUCAUAGAAUUUGUGAAAGUAGUUUGCUGGUCUGUACUAAAGUAUCUUAACCCACGUGACCCAUGCAUGUACUCUUUCAUUUCAGACGAACAGGAGGCAUUGAACUCGAUCAUGAAGGAUCUGGUGGCCCUCCAGAUGAGCCGACGUCCCCGGGUGCCUGGAUAUGAGACCAUGAAGAACAAAGACACAGGUCACCCAAAUAGGCAGAAAAAACACAACAGCAGCAGCUCAGCCCUUCUGAACAGCCCCACAGUAACAACAAGCUUAUAUGCAGGGGCCAGUGAGACAAAGAAAUUUUUGAGUGACGUCAGAAUCAAGUUUGAGCACAAUGGGGAGAGGCGAAUUAUAGCAUUCAGCCGGCCUGUGAGAUAUGAGGAUGUGGAACACAAGGUGACAACAGUGUUUGGGCAGCCUCUUGAUCUACAUUACAUGAACAAUGAGCUUUCCAUCCUGCUGAAGAACCAAGAUGAUCUUGAUAAAGCAAUUGACAUUUUGGAUAGGAGCUCAAGCAUGAAAAGCCUUAGGAUAUUGCUGCUGUCCCAGGAUAGAAACCAUACCAGUUCCUCUCCCCACUCCGGGGUGUCCAGGCAAGUGCGGAUCAAAGCUUCCCAGUCUGCAGGAGAUAUAAAUACCAUCUAUCAGCCCUCUGAGUCCAGAAGCAGGCACCUCUCUGUCAGCUCCCAGAAUCCUGGCCGAAGCUCACCUCCCCCUGGCUACGUGCCUGAACGGCAGCAGCGUAUUGCCCGGCAGGGGUCCUACACCAGCAUCAACAGUGAGGGGGAGUUCAUUCCAGAGACCAACGAGCAGUGCAUGCUGGAUCCCCUGGACAGUGCUGAAAAUUCCUUGUCGGGAAGCUGCCAAUCCUUGGACAGGUCAGCAGACAGUCCAUCCUUCCGGAAGUCACGAAUGUCCCGAGCCCAGAGCUUCCCAGACAACAGGCAGGAGUACUCGGAUCGGGAAACUCAGCUCUAUGACAAAGGGGUCAAAGGUGGAACCUACCCCCGGCGCUACCAUGUUUCUGUGCACCACAAGGACUACAACGAUGGCAGAAGAACAUUUCCCCGAAUACGACGUCAUCAAGGUAACCUGUUCACUCUGGUGCCCUCCAGCCGCUCCCUGAGCACAAAUGGCGAGAACAUGGGUCUGGCAGUGCAAUACCUGGACCCCCGAGGGCGCCUGCGGAGUGCGGACAGCGAGAACGCCCUCUCUGUGCAGGAGAGGAAUGUGCCAACCAAGUCUCCUAGUGCCCCCAUCAAUUGGCGCCGAGGGAAGCUCCUGGGCCAGGGUGCCUUCGGCAGGGUCUAUUUGUGUUAUGACGUGGACACAGGACGUGAACUUGCUUCCAAGCAGGUCCAGUUUGACCCAGACAGUCCUGAGACAAGCAAGGAGGUGAGUGCUUUGGAGUGUGAGAUCCAGUUGCUGAAGAACUUGCAGCACGAGCGCAUUGUGCAGUACUAUGGCUGUCUGCGGGACCGUGCUGAGAAGACCCUGACCAUCUUCAUGGAGUACAUGCCGGGGGGCUCAGUGAAAGACCAGUUGAAGGCCUACGGAGCUCUCACAGAGAGUGUGACCCGAAAAUACACCCGGCAGAUCCUGGAAGGCAUGUCUUACCUGCAUAGCAACAUGAUCGUUCACCGGGACAUCAAGGGUGCCAACAUCCUCCGAGACUCUGCCGGGAAUGUGAAGCUGGGGGACUUUGGGGCCAGCAAGCGCCUGCAGACCAUCUGCAUGUCAGGCCCGGGCAUGCGUUCGGUCACUGGCACACCCUACUGGAUGAGCCCUGAGGUGAUCAGCGGUGAAGGCUACGGAAGGAAAGCAGAUGUGUGGAGCCUGGGCUGCACUGUGGUAGAGAUGCUGACAGAGAAACCACCUUGGGCAGAGUAUGAAGCCAUGGCCGCCAUUUUCAAGAUUGCCACGCAGCCCACCAAUCCUCAGCUGCCAUCCCACAUCUCUGAGCACGGCCGGGACUUCCUGAGGCGCAUUUUUGUGGAGGCCCGCCAGAGACCUUCGGCCGAGGAGCUGCUCACACACCACUUUGCACAGCUUGUGUACUGAGCUCUCAAGGCCACGCUGCUGCCAGCCGCCCCUGUGGCAUGGGCAAGGGGCUGUUAUGGGACUCAGCAAAGUUGCUGCUUCUCCCAGGCAAGGCUGUGGACCAUGGAGCUACAGUCCAGCCAGCAUUUUGUCUGUGCCCCUUCCGCUAUGGGGGCCCAGAACCAGGGUGGGGCGGUUGCAGCCUCAAGGACUGGAAGCCCCCAGCCUGCCAUACCUGAGAGCUCCAGCCUCGUAAGCUCUGCAUGGAGGGUAAGGGGCUAGAACAGUGUGUGAGGCACCGUGGGCUCCACCCUCUGGGCUGUCCUGACACUGCAAUCCGCUCCAGAGCCCAGAGCAUCUGGGGGCACAAGAUGGACACGAGGGUCCUAAUAGUGUUACUUUCAUUCAGAGUGUUACUUUGUUUCUCCUUCCCAUGUCUGGAGAUCACCAGGGCAUCUCUGGGCUGGAUGAGCCCACCCAAGCCUGAGGUAAAGCCCAGCGUCCUGCAGCCAGUGGAAGGCAGAGGCCUGGGCUGCACUCCCCCUGGAGCCCCCAGAUCAGCUUUGCCAGUCCCUGUCCUUACCAAAGAUGAAUGAAGCAAGUGUUAUGCUGCCUUAUUCAGGGAAGGAGGACCCAUCCUGCCUGCCCUGUGACCCUGCCUUCCCAAGCAGGGGCCUGAGAUGUGGAACUGCCCCACUGAAGGGGCAGUUUUGUCAAUGCAAUUGUCUCUGUUUUACAAGUUGGAGUCACUCUUAUGCUGUACCCAGUUUCUGAACUGGAGACUGUGCCCUCUGGGCUUUGAGUACCCCUGCUGUGGGCUCGGGCCUUGGGCUGGACUGGAAGGAGCUGAAGGUAAUGGCCUUUGUGCUCCUGGCCUGGCACCUGUUGCCCCACUGCAGCAGACAGGAAGAUGGACAGCACGCUGAGAGCCUCUGAUCCAGCUGGCCACCCUGCCCUGAGCAGACCACUCAGGCUAGCCAGGGGAGUUAUAUCAGGCUGUCUGUGAGUAUGACCCUGCUAGGCCAGAGCCUUCUCCAACUGGUAGAAGGGAGAGCCCCUGUGAUGCCACCGACCAUGUCUAAAACCGCCAGCUCUGUUCCUCCUUGGCCAGCCUUGCCCAUCCCCGUGAGGUCUCAGCCCCUUUCCCUUCUUGCUCCUCCCUUGAGGGAGGCAUGGCAUCAGGGGUCUGGGAGCCAGCAUCUCCAAGCAGCUUAGAGUUGGCCUUAUUUACCUCAGCCUGGGCGCUGGUCCUUUCUUCCGGCCCCUCCCCUCCAAAAUGUGCCUAUUGCUAAAGCUCCUCCCUCUCAACACCCAGUUUCCUUGGGAGUUGUCAUUAAAAGAAAAAAAAAAAGCCAGUGCCCAGGGAUGGGCGUCUCCAGGGAGCUGAGGAUUAGCACCAGGCAGCUCAUUGCCAGCCAUGCCCACUUCCCUGCGGGCACCAGAACAAGCCAAAGCCUUCGUUGUAUGUUGACGAUGCACUUUUAUGAAUGUAGUUUCUAUCGCUGUUUUUAGCCUUUUCACAUCAUGUAAUGUGAGGCCUUGUACUUGUUAAUUUAUAUCUCAGAUCAUAUUUGAUGGUUUCUAUAUAUAUCACUUUUAGACUGUUACAGGUGAUGGACGGCUCAAGAGAGAGAAAAUGAAAGCAGGUUUUGCAGGAAUGUGUUGCACGGUGCCAUUUGGGCCUGGGCCCAUUUCCAUCCUUUUCCCCAGGGGUCUCUGUCAGGCACCCCCAGCCCUGACCUAAGACAGCGAGCAUGUGCUCCUGCCUCCACCUCGGCCCUUGCCCAGGUUGGGGACCGGCCCCUCAUCUCGACCAAAGCUGCCUGCUGGCAGCUCGGCCUCUCCACGACCCUGUCUUUAUGGCUCCAUCACUCUUCUUGGGCCCACACCCGUGUCCUGUCCCCCUUUCCCAAAAGGAAACAGCAUGCGCAGUGCCGGAGCUGAUAGGAUGAGACGACUCUGUGUCCCAGGUUCAGGCUCUCACAGAGCCCCCACUCCCCCCCACCCCAGGGUCUUUCCUCACAGUGAAUGUGUUUGUGUUUUUUAAAAUGAAUUUGCAAACAAGCUAACAAACCAUGCACUCCAAAAAAAAUAAAAGACCCUGAUUUUGUGCCAAAAAUGUGGACAUGCUGGCUCAGCAUCCUCAGGACCAAGCUAUUGCUUAACUUUAAUUUAUUUUUAAAUAAUCCAGAUGAAAAGUUGUGGGCUUAGAAUGGCCUGGGCCCAAAGGUUCUGAAGGGCAUUCUCCUAGCAGCUCCAGGGUUGCUGUGGGAAGGGCCGUGUGCCAUUUGCUCAUUCUGUGGGGUAUGUCAGCCUUGGCCAAGCCAACAGAGGCCAGGGCUGGGGACAGUCUGCCCUUUGCCACCCUCCUGCCCCUCCCACCCAUCUCAGCUCUGUGUCUGUGUCUGAAUUGUGGAUCGUGCAGAAGAACCUGCAGCCAUAGUUAUUUGACUAUAUCUUGACUGAGGGCUUGCAGAGCAAAGCCAGGCCAGUGUCGCGCAUUACUUAAAAUAAAAAGGGAUCAUUUAUA